AUGCGGACUGAUUUCAACCGAGAUGGUCCACCUAAGUUUCAAGGUGACGUGGAACCCGAAAAGGCUGACUUAUGGAUUCAAGAGAUGGAGAAGAUCUUUGAAGCUCUCCAUACACCGGAAGGAGAGAAGGUGAAUUUGGCUACCCUCAUGCUGAAGGGUGAUGCUGAAUAUUGGUGGAGGAGUGCCAGACAGCUGAUGACCGCCAAUCAGGUGGCCGUUACUUGGGAGUCGUUCAAGAGGGCUUUCAUGAACAAGUACUUUCCUGAAACUGCUAGGGAAGACAUGGAGAAACAGUUCCUCGGGCUGAGGCAAGGAACCAUGACGGUAGGAGAGUAUGCUGCAAGGUUGGAGACCUUAUCGAAACAUUUCCAUUUCUUCCAGGUGCAAGUGGAUGAACCAUACCUCUGCAACCGUUUCAUGAUUGGGCUGAGGAAUGACAUUGAGGAAUCUGUGAGACCUUUGGGAAUCAGGGUUUUUCAACAGCUGGUUGAGAAGGCCCGAGAGGUGGAGACUAUGAAGAACUGUCGGGGAAGCCAACAAGAGAGUGGAGGACCCGUUCGUACUGGACAGAGACAGGCUGGGAGGUUUGACAAGGGUAAAGCACCACAGAGGAAGCCAUACCAACGUCCUAAUGACAAAAUGCCUUUUUCAGGAAAAGGAGUGGCUACUGUUCCGAAUGAGGACAUUUUCUGCUUCAAGUGCAAUCGGAAGGGACACUAUGCUAAUGAGUGCGGGAAGGAGAUCAUAUGCUGGAAGUGUCAGAAACCGGGGCACAUUGAGAGGAAUUGCCCUAAUGCAACCAAAGUUGAACCAACACUGAAUGUUGCAAAGGGAAAGCGACCUACUGCUCCAGGGCGUGUGUUUGCUAUAACUGGAGAGCAGGCAGAGGCUGCUGAUGAUCUCAUACAGAGUACGUGUAUCAUUGUUGGAACUCCUUUGAUUGUGUUAUUUGAUUCGGGUGCUACACAUUCGUUUAUAUCUUAG